AUGCAUAGCCGGUGGCUGCGAUAUCCUAUAUCUAGGCUGCAAAUAGUCCGCUAUAAAUCCAGCACCCGGGUCUGUCCGCUCCUCCCAUUUCGGCGAGAAGACUGGCUGGUUGAUGCCAAAAGCAUAAAACAUCCUCCACAGGCCGGCGGCCAGUGCGACAGGCGUUCUGUGCAUCUGAAAUUGGCUGAACUGGCCAAGAAUAACAUUGACGCCAAGUUCCAGUCCACAUUGGAGCGGGCAAUUCGAGGGCUCCAGGGGCAGGCGCUGCGCAGCGAGACUCCCGCCGAACAGCCGAUGAGGAAAGAGGCCUGGGCUAGACUGCAGGAUGAGCUGGUCCAGCAGCUGCAGUCCUACCGCCCCCAGGAGAGCUACAGGAUGACCGUUGCAGAUGUUCUGCAGCCCAAACAUAUUUCUACCUUGCUGCCGCAGCUGCUGCAUGUGGACGGGUUGACGCAGCAGCAGUGGGAGGGCAUUCUGGAAGUGCCAGAAGCGCAGAAGGUCAUGAAGUUGAGGCAUAUCCUGGACACUCAUUUUAAACUUCUGUACCACGAAGAAGUGCUACCAAAACGAGUGGGCUCUCUGUCGUUCAGCAAGCGUACGUUGGAUAUCUCGAACCCUGCAGAGUGGUUUCCAGAGGCUCGCAAGCUGCGGCGGACGAUCGUGGUACACCUGGGCCCGACGAACUCCGGCAAGACCUACCACGCUCUUGAAAAGCUAAAGAAGUGUGAUAGAGGAUACUACGCUGGCCCACUAAGAUUGUUGGCGAGGGAAAUAUACGACCGAUUCCAGAAAGACAACAUCCGCUGCAACCUGCUGACGGGAGAGGAGGUUAUAAAUGACCUAGACACUCUGGGUAAUAGAGCAGGCUUGACUUCGGGCACUGUGGAGAUGGUGCCGCUGAAUCAGUAUUUCGAUAUGGUUGUCCUGGAUGAAAUACAGAUGCUUGCAGACGAACAGAGAGGCUGGGCAUGGACAAACGCACUGCUUGGCGUGCAGGCUUCUGAGCUCCAUCUCUGUGGAGAGCCUAGCGUUUUGCCGUUCAUCCAGCGGCUUGUUGCCAUGACCGGCGACAAGCUAGUGAUCAAUGAAUACCAAAGGCUGGGCAAGCUGGAAGUGGAAUCCAAACCCUUGCCUGAGCGCUUUCACGGACUGAAGAAGGGCGACUGUCUUGUUUCCUUCUCCAAACGUAAAACAUUAGAUCUAAAACUUCAAAUUGAACGGGCUAAGAAAUGUAAAGUGGCCGUUAUCUAUGGUUCACUACCACCAGAAACACGCGUGCACCAGGCCACCAUGUUUAACAGGGGCGAGGCUGACAUCCUAGUUGCAUCAGAUGCCAUUGGCAUGGGGCUGAACCUGUCCAUAAAACGUGUCAUAUUCACAUCAGCUAUGAAAUGGAACGGCGCAGAGCUAAUACCGCUAACCGACUCCCAGACCAAACAGAUUGCCGGACGGGCAGGGAGAUACAAGGUGGCGGGAGAAUCAGACGAUGCCGCUGGUGGCUCGGUGGGUAAGGUAACUGCGUUAGAUAUGGAGACCCUAGAGAUGAUACAAAAUAGUAUGAAGGCUCCUGUAAAAUACAUCCCUUCCGCAGUCCUGUGGCCACCUGACCGUAUACUUGCCCAAAUACUGACAAAAUACCCUCCCGGCAUGAAGAUCACCACCCUUCUGGAACAUUUUGACCGUGAUAUAAAGUCCAAUCCCGACAGCUUGUUUAUACUUCCGAAUAUUGAAAGUAGGAUCGAGGUAAUGAACCUCAUUGAAGGCAUGGACGGCCUGUCCCUGGAAGAUAUGAUGACCCUGAGUAAUGCUCCUCUAAGAGACUUACCAAUACCGAAGAAGGCAUUCAUAAACUUCUGUGAGACUGUGGCGAAGAAGGAAACUAGAUCCAUAUUUGAUUUCAAGAUCCCUCUGAACUUUUUGAAUGCGAAGGCAGUUACAGACGAGGAUCUCAAACUCGAUUUAUACGAAGAGCUCCACCAUGUAUUAACCCUUUACAUGUGGCUACAAAUACGGUACCCUGACUAUUUCGUGGAUCUUGAAUCGGUCAAAUCGCUGAAGCAUCACUGUGAAUACAUCAUCUUUGAGAAAUUGAAGUUCCUAAAGAGAAAUCCAUACAAAAAAUCCUGA